CAUCUCCCACAGCCCUGGCCUUACCUCUUGGCCAACUCGCGUCAUGGGACUCUCGCCAUGGACCCGGGCAAGCGCCACGGCCAGCCGACCUUCCGCGAGCUGCGGCUCUGGGCGCGGCAAAGGGCCUGGCAGAGGGCCGUGGGGUGCUUGGAGCUGCUGCGAAGCGCCAGGCUCGGUGGUAAGGAGGGCACCUUGGCCAUCUCCGCGUGCAAAGCUCACUGGGAGAAGGCCGUGUGGGUGCUGUCAACACUCCAAUCCGAGGGCUGCGCCAAUGCCAUCUCCCUGGCCGCUGCGGCAGACGCCUGCCGUAACUGGCGCCUCAGCCUGGCCCUGCAGCCGCGGUCCCCCGACCUCGUGGCUCGCAACGCCGGCCUCGCCGCCGCCGCAGGCGGCGGCUGGCGCUUGGCGCUGAAAGCGCUGCGGGCGGCGGCGGCGACUUCGGUGGAUGCGGUGUCCUACGGCGCAGCAGUGGCGGCUGUAGGCACAGCGUCUGAAAACGGCAGUUUGGUUUGGCGGGAGGCGCUGGGCCUAGUGGAGGAGAGCCACAGGCGUUCGCUGGCGAGCGGCGUCGGGCGCAACAGUGCCAUCAGCGCCUGUGAGAGGAGCGGGUGCUGGGAGCAGGCGUUGGAAUUGAUCUGGGGGUUUGAGCAGCAAAGUCUGCAAUGUACCAUUGUCACCUUCAAUGCGGCCAUCAGUGCGUGCGAGAAAGGGAAGCAGUGGGAACCCGCCUUGGUGCUUCUUGACGCGGCCCGUGCGAGGCAGCUCUUGCCGAAUGCGGUCACCUUCAAUGCGGUGAUCAGCGCUUGUGGCCGAGGUCGGCAAUGGCAGCUGGCGCUAUACUUCUUGCAGCUGGGGACGGUGGGCUGCGACCUGGUGGCGCACAAUGCGGCCAUGGCCGCCUGUGAGAGGUCCAGCUGUUGGCAGCCAGCACUGCGGGUCCUCGCCGGGCUGAGGGAAAGGCAGCUGGAGGCCGACCUCAUCACCUUGAGCAGCUGCAUCGGCGCCUGCGCGGAGGCCAGGCGCUGGCAGCAGGGCCUGGCCUUGGUGGCGUCGAGUCGCAGCCAGGCGCUGCGCUUGGACCACGUGGCGUUCGUCCGCCUGGCGCGCGCGGCCAAGGCGGACGCCUGGCCUGCGGCGCUGGCUUUGGCCUUUGGUCAGGUGCAGGAGGGCCUGGAACCUGCCUGGGCCAACGCCGUCUGUGGACCCUGGCAGCGCGCGGUGAGCCUCCUGGCGUUUUUGGAGGCCAAGGCCGUGGAGCCCCCGGCUCCGGCCCGUGACGCGGCCCUCUGGACUUGCAGCACGCAGGGCCGAAGGGCGCAGGCCUGGGCCCUGCUCGCGCCCAGCUCCCCGCUGCAGCGCCUCUGGGCCCUCGCGGCCCUCAGCUGCGCGGAGCCGCGGCGCGUGCACCGCGCCUGCGCGGCGGUCUUCGCGGAGCCGCCCGGCGCGGCCAACGGCCUGGCCUGCUGCUGGUGGUCCAUGGCCAUGCUCGGCGCGGAAGCCUUGCGCCCCGGCGUGCGCGAAGAUUUCGCUCGGCGGACCCUGGCGCGCAUCGACGACUUCGAGCUGGACGAUUUGGUGACGACCGCCUGGGGCGCGGCUGGCUCCCAAGAUGUUCUGAGCGCUGUUCAGCGCAGGGCCUUCAAAAUCGCGGCCAGUUUGCCCCUCGAGCAGCUCUCGCUCUUGCGGCUGGGCAUGCAGGUCUUGGGCGUCCUUUUUGCGAGCAAGCUCGCAGGCUGCUUGAGCCCCACUUUGCACUCCCACCUCCAGCGCGCCAUGCCGGCGGCUGGGCGCCUGUUGGACCGCACCUUCGGCCUACCGAAGCCACCAACGGGGCCGGCGGUGGCGGCGCUCGAGAAGCCUCCAGACUGGGAGGUCUACGGAAACCACACGCCGCACCAGUUGGCUGACGUGGUGUCGGAUCUCUUCGGUCCAGCGCCCAUCUUUCAAGACGCCAGCCACCACCGGGGCUUCCUGCACCGCCUGGACGUGCCCAGCUCCGGCCUUGUGCUGGUGAGCCGCAGCUACGAGGCCUUCUACGAGCUCCAGGUGCAGCUCCACGCGGGCCAGGUGCGCGCUGAAAGGAAGCGGGGCCAAGAAAAAGUCAGAAGGGGAUGGGUUUUGCCCAUGGGGAGUUAAAUGCUGAGCGGCUU